AUGAACAGGGAGCCCAGAUACGUGACCGAGUACCGUGGAUGGAGUGAAGUAGAGUACGUCGUGCGCGGUACCUACAUCCAACAGCUGUUGCCCACCCUCGAGCCCACCCUGGCCACAUUGAUUCUGCAAUGGGAACGUGGCCAGCGGCAAAUCGACCACAUCGUCCUCCACUCGCACUCGGUCAGCGGCGACAAUAUGGUCGACUGGGACAAACUAACGACAAAGGUGGCCGAGCUGGCUGGGAAUCUAGCGCGGGGCAAGGCCGACGCCGUCGUGCUGGGCGACGACCCCAAGUCAUGGCUAAUCCGUCGUCGCCGCUGGAGCAAUGAGGGCCUGCUGAUCGCCGUGCGCCCAAAGCUGAUCGUACUGGCCACCUGUGACUACAGGUUCCGCAGGACUUCGACUACGAGUGACUGGGACGCCUACCACGACGCCGUCGUCCUCGCUGACGGCCCUCUGCGCCCGCGACGCUUCGAGACGUACUACGAUAACGGAAAUAACUUGCGGGUGGCCACGAUCGGCGAGAUGGAGCGCCUCUCUCACAAGCGCGUCUUCGAAGCCGGCGUCAAGCAGUUCAUCGAUGAAUCCCCCUUUUGCUCGAUCCCAAAGCGCGAGCUCGCUAUUCACCACUUCUUGGCCACUCCGGGCGCGCUGGCCACCCGAUUUUUGAUGGCCCCCGAAUUUGGCCUCGACUGGGCGCACAAUGCGGUGGACGACGUCGUCAAGUACUACGCCCAGAACCAAUACGAGAAGAAGCAC